ACCACUUAUUACUUGUAUAUGGAAUACAGUAUUCUUAGUAUUUCCUUUCUAAAAACAGUCCCCCUUUCCAAAUAUAGUUUUUCACCUUUAACCCAUUUCUCUUUCACACACAAAACUGCAUUCUCACUCACACACUCAUACUCUCAGCUUUCCUUUUAUCAUUUUUCUGCAGACUGGCAACACCAACUAUCUUGUUGGGAUUCAUUCUUAAUAAAUUGAUUGACCCCUGCAAGAUAAUCUGGUUCUGGAGGAGGGUAUCUGUUUUAGGCUAUCACGGCUUUCUGUUCUGUUAACAGGGGAUCCUGUUUGAUUGCUUGAAAUAAACAAUAUCAUGGAGUUUUUUCAUAUGAAGGUGGUACGGACUUCAUCUAACUGGAUUACUAUUCUUAGGUGCUUUCUAUGAAUUGGAUUAGCAUCCAAGAUCUGGGAAGCUGAUACAUGAACAUUUAUAUGGCUAAAAUGGAUUCAAGAACUCAUAACUCUGGUUCCUCUCCAUCAGAGGAAUCGGCACUGGAUAUGGAAAGGAACUACUGCAAUAAUCAUAAUCUGCCUGAAUCAAGCCCACCGCCAUUACAAGCCUUUGCAUCAGGUGGUCAGCUCUCCGAGAGCAAUGCUGCUUAUUUUUCAUGGCCUGCUUGCCGGAUAACUGAUGGUGCAGAAGAUAGGGCUAAUUACUUUGGGAAUCUUCAGAAAGGAGUUUUACCUGAAACUCUUGGUCGGCGCCCAACAGGGUUGCAGGCCACUACCUUGCUAGAACUGAUGACUAUCAGAGCAUUUCAUAGCAAAUUUUUGCGACGCUUUAGUCUUGGAACUGCAAUUGGUUUUCGAAUCAGGAGGGGCAUGUUGACUGAUAUACCAGCUAUACUUGUCUUUGUUGCUAGAAAAGUUCACAGUCGGUGGCUCAGCACUGCACAGUGUCUACCUGCUGCUCUUGAGGGACCUGGAGGUGUUUGGUGUGAUGUUGAUGUUGUUGAAUUCUCUUAUUACGGAGCGCCUGCAGCUACACCGAAAGAACAACUCUAUACAGAACUUGUAGAUGGUUUUGGUGGAAGUGAUCCAUGCAUUGGAUCAGGUUCCCAGGUCGCAAGCCAAGAAACUUAUGGAACCUUGGGUGCCAUUGUCAAAAGCAGGACAGGAAAUAGGCAGGUUGGUUUCCUCACUAAUCGGCAUGUGGCAGUUGAUCUUGACUAUCCAAGUCAGAAGAUGUUUCAUCCGUUGCCACCGAGUCUUGGGCCUGGGGUGUACUUAGGUGCAGUGGAAAGGGCUACUUCAUUCAUAACUGAUGAUCUUUGGUAUGGCAUUUUUGCUGGAACUAACCCAGAGACGUUUGUUCGAGCUGAUGGCGCCUUCAUUCCAUUUGCCGAAGAUUUUAACAUGGCCAAUGUGACAACAUUAGUGAAAGGUGUUGGUGAAAUUGGAGAUGUAAAUGCAAUAGACUUGCAGUCUCCUAUUGGUAGUCUUGUUGGAAGGCAAGUUGUCAAAGUUGGAAGGAGCUCGGGCUUGACAACUGGGACCAUAAUGGCCUAUUCUCUGGAGUACAAUGAUGAAAAAGGGAUGUGUUUCCUAACUGAUUUUCUUGUUGUUGGAGAAAAUCAACAAACAUUUGACCUUGAAGGUGACAGCGGAAGCCUUAUCCUCCUGACGAAUCAAAAUGGUGAGAAACCCCGGCCUGUUGGAAUUAUUUGGGGUGGGACAGCUAAUCGAGGUCGGUUGAAAUUGAAAGUUGGCCAACCCCCUGAAAAUUGGACCAGUGGAGUCGAUUUAGGGCGUCUUCUUGAUCUCCUAGAACUUGAUCUCAUCGCAUCCCCUGAAGGGCUUCACGUUGCACUGCAUGAACAGAGAAAUGCAUCAGGAGUUGACUCCACAGUUGGAGAAUGCUCCCCGCUCGAACUGAUCAAUACAACACAUAAAUGUGAAGAAAACUUUGAACCACCUGCUUUAAGCAUCCUGCAAGUUUUUGCUGAUGAUGAUUCGCAUCAACACUCAGUCCCAGAAUCCAGGCUUGAUGAGUUUCACAUUGAAGGCGGCUCUGAGAUGGUUCCCAGUGUAGAACAUCAGUUUAUCCCAAGCUAUUCAUGUAAAUCUCUUUUAAAUGAUAGCCAACAAGGGGAGAAGACGGGCCUGGAAAACCUCUCGUUGCUAAGAAGUGAAUCUGAAGGCGAAGUAUGUGUUUCUUUGCAGUUAGGUGAACCAAAACCAAAGAGAAGAAAGCAAUCAGAUACGCUCUCAUGAUAGCAGGUUUCACAUUGAAGAUGGUGCUGAGGCAACUCCAAGUUUAGAGUGCCGGUUCAUCUCAAGCUUUUCCCAUAAGCAAGCCCCCU